CGCGCGCUCCUGCGGCCACGAAAAAGAAGUAAAGUGCGCGCUCCUGCGGCCACGAAAAAGAAGUAAAGUGCGCGCGUCCCCGCGGCGCUCAUUUAGCGAGUUGAACAAUCACAAAAACCUCCUGGGAAUUUAAAAAAAAACGUCUUUUCGGAUAAAGCCUUCAACGAGAAAGUGUCACGACGUUUUCGGACAACAUGGCGGUGUCUUGGACUUGGACGCUUAAAAGUGGGUUCCGGUGGGGAAAUGUCUUUUUUUUCUGUCAGGAAGUUGGAUUUAAGUCGCUUGGAAAUUAUUUCGUGCUUUGUUUUGUUUGAGGCGGCACAUUUUCGUCGUACUUUAACGCACUGUUGCCGUUAAAAAACAACGUUUGGCUGCCAAAUGAACGCCAGGCGAAGUUUUCCGAAGUUUAACGAAGUUUGCUGCUCCUCGGCGCCUUAAGUAAGCUCUUGUUUUGUUUCGCACGCCUCGCAGGCCUGCAUUAUGGAUGAAACUACAGCCAAGGAGUGAUCCAGAUGUUUGCCCCGAACAUAUUUAUCACGUUCUCCAAAAAAUGCGACGUUCAGGACAGCCUCUUAAGGAGCAUUUCCGGUUUAAACCCCCCACGUGACGCUGUUUGUUUUUAACCUGGGAAGUGUCGGCGCGCGUGCAGACGCUCACCUGUGCGUGGUCGGACCCACCUGUGCACGCCAUGGCCCGGCAUGGCGCGACCCGCUGAGGAGGAUGAUGAUGAUGAGGAUACACGUGAUCGCUGGCCAGGGAGGACACACGUGACACAGUUGGCCUGGCAGCGCUUCCGAAGAUUGGUUUGAGGACCACGAAAGCAUCGCAGCAAUGAAUGAACGACAGGCUCUCCACUCCAUCAUGAAGGACCUCGUAGCCCUGCAGAUGACGCGGCGCCAGCCGGUCCUGCCAUACGACGGCGGCAAACUGAAGACGCCAACUCAUGCUAACAGACAGGAGGACGUCAGGAUGAAGUUUGAGUUCUCAGGCGAGAGGAGGAUCCUGAUGUUUGGACGGCCUGUGCAGUUCGAUGACGUCCAGCACAAAGUCAAGGCUGUGUUUGGCCAACAGCUGGGCCUUCAUUACAUGAGCAAUGAGUUGUCCAUCCCCUUGAGAGGUCAGGACGACCUCGACAAGGCCGUCGACCUGUUGGAUCGAAGCUCCAACAUGAAGAGCAUCAGAAUCCUGCUGCUCGCUCAGGAGCACAACAAUGCGUCGUCCCCGUCUCACCACGUGCCGUGCAAGCAGGUGAGGAUCAAGGCCUCCCAGUCCACUGGCGAUGUCAGCACGGUGUACCAGUCCUCUGAACCAAGGGGGCGCCAUCUUUCAACGGGUUCUCAGAACACGGGGCGUAGCUCGCCGCCUCCCGGUUACGUGCCAGAACGCCAGCAGAGGAUCGCGCGCCAAGGUUCAUACACCAGCAUCAACAGCGAGGGCGAGUUCAUCCCGGAGACCAGUGACCAGUGUGUGCUGGAUCCUUGGAGCAGUGCAGAGAAUUCCAUGUCUGGAAGCUGUCAGUCCCUGGACAGCAACUCAGACAGCCCCGCCCUCAGGAAGUCUCGCAUGCACCGAGCCAAGAGUUACCCUGACAACCGACAGGAGUUCUCGGACCGGGAGAACCACGUCUAUGACCGCGUGGUGGGAAAGGGAGGCACAUACCCUCGCCGCUACCACGUCUCGCUGCACCACAAGGACCACAGUGAAGGUCGCCGCACAUUUCCGAGGAUCCGACGCCCCCAAGGCAACCUUUUUACUCUGGUGCCUUCACGACGCUCGCUGAACGGCAGCGAGGAGAGCAUCGGCAGCUGGCAGCUCGUGGACACGCAGGGAAGACUCCGCCCACAGGAGCGUUCUGUCGCGCAUAAAUCGCCGAGCGCUCCAGUGACAUGGCGGCGGGGGAAGCUUCUAGGCCAAGGCGCUUUCGGGCAGGUAUACCUGUGCUACGACGUAGACACUGGGAGGGAACUGGCCGCCAAACAAGUCCAGUUCGAUCCCGACAGUCCUGAGACCAGCAAGGAGGUGAGCGCCUUAGAGUGUGAGAUCCAGCUGCUAAAGAAUCUUCAUCACGAGCGCAUCGUGCAGUACUACGGCUGCCUGAGGGACCACAACGAGAGGACCCUCACCAUCUUCAUGGAGUACAUGCCGGGGGGCUCAGUCAAAGACCAGCUGAAGGCUUACGGGGCCCUGACGGAAAACGUGACCCGGAAGUACACCAGGCAGAUCCUGGAGGGAGUGUCCUACCUGCACAGCAACAUGAUCGUGCACAGAGACAUUAAAGGCGCCAACAUCCUGCGGGAUUCGGAGGGCAACGUCAAGCUGGGAGAUUUCGGGGCCAGCAAGCGGCUGCAGACCAUCUGCAUGUCGGGCACCGGCAUCCGCUCUGUGACCGGCACCCCCUACUGGAUGAGCCCGGAAGUGAUCAGUGGAGAGGGCUACGGCAGAAAGGCCGACGUCUGGAGUCUGGGCUGCACGGUGGUGGAGAUGCUGACCGAGAAGCCCCCCUGGGCAGAAUACGAGGCCAUGGCGGCCAUCUUUAAGAUCGCCACGCAGCCCACCAACCCGCUGCUGCCCUUGCACGCGUCCGACCAGGCGCGGGACUUCAUCCGCCGCAUCUUCGUGGAGGCCAAGCAGCGGCCGAGCGCUGAGGAGCUGCUCCGCCAUCCCUUCUCCCAGACCGUGUGCUGAACUUUGACCCCCUUCUGACGUAGCGCCCUGUAGCUUCUUCCGCGCCGUGGAAGUCCCCCUUUGCUCAAAUCCAAAUAGCUGGUUGUUGUGAAGCUGGAAUGUGCUGCUGCACCACUCGUGUCUGUGUGGACGUUAUAGCAUGUUAGCGCCUUUGCAAACAUGCGGCGGCGCCCCUCGCUGAUCAGGGUUGUGUUCCUCUCGGCUAUCUCUCCGUUAAGUACGUCUGUUCACACAAUGUUGGAGAUAAGUAAUGACUAGUUUUCCUUUAAGAUGAGAACCUUACACCUUCUUGCUCAGAGUCUCGGAGUUGUUAACAGGGAGUUUGGAAAGUGUGUUUAUGCGUGAAAGGGUUAAGUGCUUUUGAGUGGUUUCAAUUGUGGAUUGUUGGCUUGGAGAAGGUGUAAUACUGAGAGUGUCCAGUAGGUUGUAGUCAUAAGUCGUUGGUCCAGGGAGGAAACGCAAGUAAGCUGGCAGAGGUUGCAAUGUGCGACCUCACCACGAGAGGUCGGCAUUCCGGUCUGCUAAAUUGCUCAUCACAACAGGAUUGUUUCUAACUUUUUUAUUUUCAAUGUUCACUCUCAGCAGGGGGCUUUUUCGCUCAACCAGGGGUGUCCAAAGUGCGGCCCUGGGGGACACAUUCUAAAAAUAUUAUUCAACAAGAAAACCAAUCAAUCAAUCAAUCAAUGUUUAUUUAUAUAGCCCUAAAUCACAAAUGUCUCAAAGGACUGUACAAACCAUUAAGACCAGAACAUCCUCGGAAGAACCCACAAAAGGGCAAGGAAAACUCACACCCAGUGGGCAGGGAGAAUUCACACCCAGUGGGACGCCAGUGACAAUGCUGACUAUGAGAAACCUUGGAGAGGACCUCAAAAACCGCAAUAAAAAAGUCUUGAAAAGUUGAUAUGAAUAAAAUUAAUGAUAGUAUUAAUAAUCUGAUUUGUUACCUUUAACAAAGCUGAAAUUAGUAUUAACAUUUGAUAUAGGGAUGUAACGAUAUGAAACAAAAGUAUUUUUACACAAAUUGAAAUCUUGAAACCAAGCUUUAUUGAAAUGAAAAAAAUAGACGUGCAAUAAAUAUCUUAAAAUGUAUCAAGAAAGCAUAGUUUGUAGGUUCAAUGUGCACAAUCAAAAAUCUUAGUUUCUCAGUAAUGUUUAGAUGUGGUAUGUUGUUUCUUUAUGGGGAACGCCGUUAAUGUGUCUCGUGUUCAUAUUAGCACUUAGGCUAGCUUGCGUUUAGCGGGGCGAGUUAUCAGCUAGCGAUUAGUGUGUUAGUUUGUGAUUAGAGACGCUAGCUGCUUGCUCGCAAUCAACACGCUUGCUGCUAGUUAGCAAAGAACGUUAGGUGUGCGCAAUAGAAAUCCAAUUCACAUCUGAAUCGCAGUUUUUAGUCAUCCCAAUUCGAAAUCGAUUCAUUAUUUUCAAAAAUCUAUUACAAAUAUAUAUAUAUGUAUAUGUAUGUAUGUAUGUAUGUAUAUAUAUAUAUAUAUAUAUGUAUAUAUAUAUUUAUCAAUUUAUACAUUUAUUUUAGUGUGCGGUCCUUUGUGGAGAACAUUUUGGACACCCCUGCUUUAAGCUCACUUAUGUUUUGUUUUUUUAAUAUGACAGCAAAAAAAGCUUUUUAUUCGUGGUCAAAAACCACAUCCAAGCCCUGAGAUCAAACGUUUCACUCGGAAGGUUUCACUAUCAAUUUAUAAUCAGAUGCACUUUUAAAAUUACACUUUUUCUCUACUUCAAAUGUGAAAAGUAUUUUAUUUAUGCCCCCUGUGCCAGUUAAAAAUGUGUAUGUGUGAAUAUAUAUUUUUUAUACACUUAUUUUUUGUAUGUGGACAACAAACUCUGGCUGGCCGGGGCAAACACAUGUUUGAAUAAUUUCUACUUUUAGACGACGGUUUCAUUCAUGGUUGACAAAUGUGUGUUGUUAGCUGGAGGAAACUGGCGAAAAAACAUGUUUUUUUAUUGUGUUUUUACUUCUCUACUUUUCAGAUAUGAUUAUAAAGAGCAUGCAGGAGUUUUGCCGUUUGACGACUUUGUUCAACCCCCCCGCGGGUUCAUGCCCCUCUGCGGCUGCAACAUUAGGUACACAAUACUAUAUUACUAUUGUGCCUUUGCAAUGACGAUAAUGUUUAGUUCAAAGUAGGUCUGGGCGAUUAGGCUUUUAAACUAUAUAACGAUAUCAGUGUUUAUACUGGUCGAUAUCAAUAAUUGUCUAUUUUUUACGAUGAAAAUAAGGACCAGGAGAAAAAUAUUUUAAAUGUACACAUUUGUAUUUCAGAUUUAUUUAUUGCAAAAAAAAGGAAUAUGUAAGAAAUGUUUAAUAAAAUUUAACAAAAUAGUGGAAAGUGUAAACACAGAGAAACCUAAAGAGAACUAUUUUCUGCAGGUUUAGUGCCAGGAAGUUACAGCUAUGCUCUAAAGGGUGAGCGCGGAUAAGGUCUUAGUGGGGACGAGCGCAGACCACAUUGGUCUGACUACGGUCCUUUUGAAAUAAUACAAAAACUGCCAUACCGUCGAGGUGAUUUUUUCUCUUUUAUCCACAAUUUAUUAAUUUUUUACUUUUUCUUCAAAGAAUCAACCAGAUAGUCUUCCUGGGGUCAACAGACUUAAUACAAUUACAAGUAAAAGCAUAUCAUUAUAACUACACAAUACAGGAAAAAAAAAGCAUCAAUAAGAAAACAAGCAAACAAUUUACAGUCACAGAAUAAUAAUUACCAUAUAAAUAUAACUACACAAUACAAAACCAAACAAAAUUGUCAACAAGCAAACUAAUUUAAAGACUCAGAUAAAAUAUUACUUUCCUUUUAAAAACCUGUUUACUAGGGAUGUUGAUACGGUUACCUGAUUGGUUAUUAGUGAUCACUUCCUGUUGCUCAGUUACCAGAGAGCGAGUGCCUUUGUUCAUGCAACCAACCUUGCUUUGCUGAAAAACAUUUUUUUUGCUAAUAUCAAUAACAUGUUAAUCGCGAUAUUGAUGUCGUUUUAUCGCCCAGCCCUGGUUCAGAGGAUGAAUUGAAAAAUUUGGUGUACAACUACACUGCAUUAUAAAGUUUUUGCUGACAUGAUUCGAUCCAGGUGUACCUAAUGUUGUGGUGGGUGAGGCUCCACCCUUAAAAUAAAAGCCCGGGUGGGAACAAAGGAAGCCAAGCUAUUUUUAAAAUGAAUUAUGUUUAUUUACGUUGAAGUGUAUCAACAAAAACGACUUGCAGUGCAAGGUCCAAUGUAUUUUACAGGAAGUUUCAUGACAGGGUCACAUGUACACAAGCAGUGCCUCAAUAAAUACUUGUUGAAAAUA